GUACCUUCACCCAUGAGGGGGUUUCGAACGUCAGCAUUGAUAGAUUAUGGAAGGCCGGCAUUCUUGAUGCUCACAAUCUGAUGCCAAAGCUGUUGCCCGAUGUCAUUACAAAGGUUGAGCUUCUUGAAGGUGAUGGUGGAGCCGGCACAGUUAAGAAGUUCGUGUUUUCUGAAGCUGUGAAGGAAUUUCGCUACAUUGUGGACAAAACUGACGCACUGGACGAUGAGAACCACAUAAUAAAGCAGACUGUCGUUGAAGGAGGGCUGAUCGGCUCGAGACUCAAGUCUUACUCCUUCGAACUAAAGCUGGAGGCUGGGAGCAAUGGCAAAACCGUGGAGAAGACAACGGUGCACUAUGAAACUUUGGAUGACACUCCUCUCAGUGUGGAAGAGCAGGGACAAAUCAAUGCAAGCUUCUCUUUGAUGACGAAGGCGGUUGAAGAACAUCUCAUUGCAAAUCCAGCAGCUUAUGCUUAAGAAAAGUGUGAUUGUUGUGGAUCUCUAGUGGUUGUUGCUUGUUGUGUUUGUGCUGAAAGUGAGCUUG